AUGGCUGAUUCGACUCCUCCUAGCGUGGAGCAACUUGGAAUAAGACCACACCUAUACAAUUUAGACGAUAUCAGCAUGACUAGAAGCCUCAUCUCACGCCCUCCUCAAAACAAUCUUGGCGUGGUGAGUUGCACCUUUCAGGCUUUCCCCUUACGCCACUUCGGGUUUCAAUUCCGCAGUCUUUCCGAUUAUGGCACUAUCUUUCAUAAGAGCUCCAGGAAGCUGGUAAUUGUGAUCAAUCACCGAAACCCCGAACUGCUGCUGCCUGUCCUUAGACACGCGUGGGUAAACGAAUACCUAGAAUUGGGGGCUCGAUGCAUCAUGCGCUUCGGCCCAUUGAUCCGAUAUCAAAACGUUGAGGUGACGUUUGAGCGGGAAGAAUCAGAAACGAGCCACGGCACAAACCCAGAACGACAAUCACAACUGCAAGAAGAGGCACAAGCGCAAUCGACAGCGUUUUCGAACUCGAUCAACUCAUCGGCGAACCCAACCCCCCAAAGAGCAGGACCACUCAAUCCGAUAUCUGAAGACCAGGGAUCAUCUUCGCCGAAUGCCCAUCCGAUGGCUGAUUUCGACUACAUGAGUGAAUUGAAGGACCAGUUCGCACGACAUAAGGAAAGAUUCCCCGAAGCUUACCGAAUAGCUGCGAGGGAUUAUUCGGGCCCUAGAGCCUACCUUAUAUCUCUACCGGGUGGCUUUACCGCCUAUCAAAGUUACCCUGAAGAGCAGAACUCUCGAGUUCCUUUGCCAUACCACGACUCUUCAAAGUUGGACGAGCUACUAUGA